AGCAGGACUCUGUGCUCUCUCUGUGCUCUCUGUGCUGGUGUCCUGCCACUCCAACCAGCUGAUCGAGUGCGUAAUGCUGAGCCAGCGCCGUACGGUUUUCUGCUGAAUCUUGAAAUAGCGCGUGGUGCUUAGGAAGAUCCAGGAAUAUUUCGCUGGUCACGCGGGAGAAUGAACUGGAAUUCCGCUGUUUGGCUCUCUCCACCUUGGGGCUGAUUUCGCUUCACAUCUUGAUCAUGUCUCCGGUCUACUCACCCCCCAAAUACUCCACUGGCUCCACCCUCUUAAGUCCGUACAGUUCCUAUGACCCCUGCGAUCCCACGUUGGGAUAUAUUGUCAGAGGUCAACCUCAGCUUUCCAGGUAUGCUCCUUCCACCUCCCGCUACCUGAACCCCAGCCCUUGCCUCGCCCGAGGCGUCCUGUUCUUUCCCCAGGAGCCCGAGCGGGGGCGAGCUGCACCCCAUUCAGAGCCCCACAUCGGCCGCCGGAGUGAAAGCUACAGUAGGAUGCAGGUUAAAGGUCAGAUUCCCCGAAUUAUUGGCCCCAGGGGCCGUUCACCGUCAAGGACUGGAUAUAGCUGCACAUCACCCCUGUCAAGGCAGCGCAGGUCGGUCAGUCAGUCAGACCUGAUGCGGGAGCUGGCCACACUGGAGAUCUGUGACCAAGGAGCAGUGGAGAGAGGAGGGUACACAGUCAAAGAGAGCGCGAUCAGGGGACGAGCAGAUUACUCAGUGCCUCUCUGCUGGAGCUCAGAGAACUCAAAGAAUGCUCAGGGUCUGGUGGGCCUCAGGAAUCUGGGAAAUACUUGUUUCAUGAACUCCAUUCUGCAGUGUCUGAGCAACACUCAUGACCUGAGGGACUACUGUCUGCGUAACACGCACCGCACGGACCUCAACCACAACUGCAGGGCCAAAGCUGCGCUGAUGGAGGAGUUUGCCAAGCUCACUCAGACUAUUUGGACAUCAGCUAGCAGUGAGGCCAUCAGCCCUUCUGACUUCAAAAUGCAGAUUCAGAAAUAUGCCCCUCGAUUUGUUGGUUACAAUCAGCAGGAUGCUCAGGAGUUCUUGCGGUUUCUGCUGGAUGGGCUUCAUAAUGAAGUAAACAGAGUAACAGUGAAACCCAGAUCCCUCAUGGAGGACUUUGAUCACCUCUCGGACGACGAGAAAGGCAAGAGAAUGUGGAACAAGUACCUGGAGAGUGAAGAUAGUAAAGUAGUCGAUCUGUUUGUUGGUCAGUUGAAAAGCUCUCUGACGUGUAACGAGUGUGGCUUCUGCUCAACAGUGUUUGAUCCAUUCUGGGAUCUGUCCCUGCCCAUCGCCAAGACUUCAGGAGAAGUGAGUUUAAUGGAUUGCCUUCGACUUUUCACCAAGGAAGAUGUAUUAGAUGGGAAUGAGAGACCAACAUGCCACAGAUGUAAAACAAGACGAAAAUGUACGAAAAAAUUCACCAUUCAGAAAUUUCCCAAAAUCUUGGUGCUUCACCUGAAGCGUUUCUCUGAGUGUCGAGUCAGAACCAGCAAACUCUCCACCUUUGUAAACUUCCCCCUCAAAGAGCUGGACCUCAGGGAAUUUGGCUCUGAUAACAGCGUAAAUGCAGUGUAUAAUCUGUAUGCUGUGUCCAAUCACACUGGUACGUCUUUGGGUGGUCAUUACACAGCAUAUUGCCGCAAUCCCUGCAUAGGAGAAUGGUACACGUACAACGACUCCAGGGUGAGCCCCAUGUCAUCCAGCCAGGUGCGCAGCAGCGAUGCAUAUGUGCUGUUCUACGAAUCUGCCACCUCUUCACGCAUGUGAUUACGCCUGAAACGGACAAGCCUUGGAUAAAAUAAACCCUUUGCUGCUGUUGAACUAAAUCAUGGUCAGGGUCUACAUGCUCGCAGGACCCUGGGGACGUUAUCCCAGGCCUUUUAAUCAAGGCCAAACACAUACUGGAACUGAAUUAUGGCUGUGGCCUAUGAAGUGGAAUGAAGCCUGGGAUGAAAGUUUAACCCAAGCCCAGAUUGAGCUUCACAGUAAGGGCUCCGCCAUCCAUCACUCCCCCUUUGAAAGAAGCUGCUGCAGCGGGGAUGGAUUUAACAAUCUGAAACGGACAAAGACAGAGGAACAUGAACUACUACCUCUCUUGAAUGAGCAGGACUAUGUGUGUGUGUGUAUUUGUGUGUGUACGAGUCAGUCUCCAGACUGAUAAUGUAGGACUCUAUGCACUGUGUAACUGGAGCCGUUCGGCUCUGCAGACAGUCACCACGACUCAAACAAUCCCCAUUCCUUAUUUAAUUUAUUAACAUGAGUUCAAUGUUUUACUUAAUUUCAAGCUAAUUGCUACCAGUUUAAAAAAGAGGUCAUCUUGCUGAGGGACCGUGUAGGUCAAGUGUGUAAAUGAUGCUUGGAUUGCUCAAUGGAUUGUUUACUAUUUCGAACAGAUAUGUUCCGUCAAGAUAAGUCUCCGCUUUGCUUGAUUUGCUGAUUUUCAACAGAAUAUGCACAUGGGAAGGGCUUAGUUUAGUGCUAAUGCAUGACUGUGCCCCUUCCAAAAACCCUCACCAUUACAGAAAUGAUUGUAGGACUGUCCCCUGGUGGCUGGAACAAAAAGAACUGGACCUUUUUCACAGACCAGAAUGAUAUGAUUCCACCUUAUUUAUUUUUUUUUUACAUCAUGAAUCUAGCAGAGGAUGAUUCUAAUAUAAUGGCAGAGUGAGUGAAAACAAACAUAUUUCUCUUUUCUUCUCUUUUGAAAAGUCAUAAAAGUGCUACCAUGGAUUGUUCAUUUGCAGUUGGAGCAAAUUGGAAAAUAAAAAUAUAUACUUGUUGCAUUUUGUAUUCACAGCAUACCAAACUAUGGAUUCUGAAAUGUGGAAAGGGUCCAUCUCCAGGAGAAUAUAAAGUAUUCCCUCUUUAGGUGUUAGUGGAAUUAAUAUUUUCCUCCAGGGGCAAUAUAUUUGAAAGAGGCCUUAUGUUUUUCUCAUUCUGUCAGGGACUACAAUAUUCAGUUUAAUUUGGGGAUGAGUCUUUAUCAAAUAAGAAGCCACCAGGAGGGUUAUGUGUGUGUGUGUACCUUUAUGUAUUAUUUCUCUAUUUAUGAUGUGAAUGUAGCUUAUCGUUGUGCUUGAACCAGUCAAUGUUUUUUCUACAGAGAGAUUUUAAGUGAGUGUAAUUAUUAUUUUGUUUAAAAUGUGACUGUAGUGUACCGCAUAUCAAGAGCUCUUGGCUUUUAAAAAGAAGUGAAUAGGAAUAAAAGCAAAUGUCUACAGAA